AUGACGGUGCCAACAACGACGUUUGUUGCGGCGCGGUCACCGAGGGACUCGACCAUCCUCAAGAUCCAAGACGACGACGGAAAAGACAUUCUGGCCGACGCACCCACCGAUGUCGUCGAAGGCUGCUCCGUGCCAUUUAUGUUCCUCAUGUGUGCGCCAUGCAUGGCCAUGAACAUGGCGUGGGCUGCGCAGUGGGCAGCCCUGGGUCCGCUGCUUCAAAUUCUGUUGCCGUCGACCGCAGUGCAGCUCGUCCAGCUCGUCGGCCCCGUCACCGGCGUCAUUGUCACGCCGGUCGUCGGCGUCCUCAGUGACAAUUGCACGUCCAAGUACGGUCGCCGCCGUCCGUUCCUCUUUUGGGGCGCCAUCUCGAGCGCGCUCUGCUGGCUCGUCAUGAUGUUUUCAGUUGACAUUGGCGAAGCGCUCGGCGAUGCCAACGCGACCGACAUCGCUGCGAACCCCGAGACCGCGUCUCGCAAGUGGACGACGGUCCUUGUCGUGCUCUGCUACGUCUGGAUGGACAUCACGGUCAACCUCACGCAAGUGCCCAACUCGCUCAUGAUUGCCGAUUUUGCGGGCCAUCGCCAAGUCACCGCUGCGUCGGUCAACGGUGCAUAUGCGACCGCCGGCUCGUUUUUUGUCUCGGGCUACAUUCUUGCGUGCGGCCCGGCCCACCAGUCGAUCAAGCGGUUCCUUUCCGUCCUCAUUGCCAUCAUGCUCACAACGUGCUUGACCGUGUGCGCGUUUGUCAAGGAGAAGCCCGUCGAUCGCGUCGCGCUUGGGUCCGCAACCAAGCGCGAGCAGAUUGCGACCGCGUUUGCCGCUGUCUGGAACGGCAUUCGGCUGCUGCCCAAGCACCUCGCCAUCUACUGCAUCAUUAUAGUCUUCUCGCAGUACGGAUUCACGGCCUACAGCGGCGCGAAAGGGCAGUUUUUCGGUAUUGUCGUCAAGGGCGGUGUCUCGGACGGUGCCGACUCGUGCGGCCAAGCCGACAACCCCGCGUGUACUUCGGAGCAAGCAGCUUUCAACGAAGGUGUCGAGCUCGCGGGCGGCUACACGGACACAAUUUACAGCUGCGUGGGGCUGCUGGCGUUGAUGGCGCUUCCGUUCUUCGUGCGCAAAUUUGGGGUCAAGGCCGUGGUGACGACGGCGCUGAUUCCGCAAGUGCUGUUGUGCGUCUUGGCAUUUUGCAAGGUCGUGAUCGUUGACAUGAUCAUCGUCAUCACGUGCAGCAUUCCCCAAAACGUCAUUUUGUACAUGGUGAUGCCGAUCAUUAUCCACGUGAUUGGCCACAGCACGGACAACAACCUUGGUAUGUUUGCCGGUGCGCUCAACUCGGCGCUCUGCGCGGGCCAGUUUCUCAACUUUAUCUUUUCGUCGGUGCUCGUUUUGUCGCCCAUGGGCUACGCACUUCCCGUCCUCGUCGGCGGCGUCCUCUCGGCCGUCGCGUUCUUGGUAUCGCUCUUUCUCUGGGACAUCCAGUCGUACACGAUGUAA